AUGGCGCCGACGCCGGUCACCAUCAUUACAGGCUUUCUAGGUGCCGGAAAGACAACAUUGAUACUGCAUCUUAUUCCGCAACUUCCACAGACCUACAAACUCGCGCUGCUGAAGAACGAGUUUGGCGAUGUUGCCGUAGACUCACAACUUGCUGGCUCGGCCUCCAUCUCGGGUGUCCGCGAACUCUUGAACGGAUGCAUUUGCUGUAACCUCGUCGGCCAACUGAGUGAUGCCCUUUUCCAGCUCAGGGAUUCCGUUGCACCCAGCAGAAUCAUCAUCGAAACGUCCGGCUCCGCCUUCCCUGCUACCCUUGCCAUGGAAGUUAACCGUGUAUCACGAGAGAACCCAGGCUCAUUCACACUUGACGGUGUCAUCAGCGUCAUCGACGUCGAGAACUGGAAAGGCUACGAUGACACCAGUUACACGGCAAAGAUGCAAGCCAAGUACACCGAUUUGAUCGUCUUCAACAAGUGGGAGCUCGUCGAUGAGCGCAUGUUUGAGGAUGCGCUGGACCGUGUCGGCGAUCUGGACGUCCAAGUCGCUUGGGUCAAAAGCCAAAGGGGAUGGGUGGAUGUAGAAGUCAUCAUGGGCAUCGAUGGGGCCAUGGUUCGAGACGAAGGGUUGCGCGGAGCGAUCGAAUUCAACGAAGACAAUGCGUACGGAGACCACCACCACCAUCAUCAUCAAGAAGAAGUCGAAGUCCUGAGCGUCGUUCUUACUAAUGAGGACGUGACCAAGCCGCCCCAGAGUGUUGUACUGGAAUCCUUCGAGGACAUGCUCCUUUCUGCACCCAAAGAUGAAGUCUACCGCAUCAAGGGGCUUGUACUUUCCUCCCGACCACCGCCGGACUCCACCGGCGACCGGAAACCCAGCAUUGCGGUCGACUCCGAGGGCCAAAGUCUGUAUGUUUUGAAUUGGGCUUUUGGAAGGUGGACAUAUACGCCACUUCCUAGCACGGCUUUUAGUGCCAUGGAAAAAGCCAGCGCUCGCCUGACCUUCAUUCUAGCCAGGGGAGAAUCAGGCAAAUGGAUCAGACGACUAGAGAACGGUGACUUCAUUGCUCUCGAGGGGGAAGGAGGACAGAAGGAAAAGGGCUCGCUGAAGAUUGACAAGAUAGGGUAA